AGCAUCAGAUAACCAGGCAACCAAUGAAACUGGUAGGGGCUAGAUGGCAUCCUUUCAGCCUCGCCCAAUUGCAUCAUUUUAAACGAAAUCAGAGGCUUAAAUACGGAAAAAAAUAAAAAAUUAAAUCACUCGACUGGGGAGCCUGCCUGCUCGCAUCAAUCAAAUUGCGAUAAUACUUUAUGGUUGCAUCGCAAACAAGGACACAGUAACGAGCAUGAAAGAAAUGGCCGAUACGACGAUAACAGAGGAUGUUUAUGAUGAUGCUUACGAGGAGAAACCGGGCCCGAGCCCUCCACUGCAAAUCGUAUGGAGAAACGUUCUGUUAAUGUCUCUUUUGCACCUAGGAGCUUUUUAUGGUCUGACGGUCCUUCCAUCUGUCUCUUCCUUAACGCUGAUAUGGACGGGAGUGUGUUUCAUGAUAAGCGCUCUAGGAAUAACCGCUGGCGCCCAUCGCCUUUGGAGCCACAGGUCCUACAAAGCCUCGUUGCCAUUACGAGCCUUCCUAGCAGUCGCAAACUCCAUGGCUUUUCAGAAUGAUAUCUAUGAGUGGGCCAGAGACCAUCGUGUCCAUCACAAGUUUUCUGAGACUGAUGCGGACCCACACAAUGCCCGCAGAGGAUUCUUCUUCGCUCACAUUGGCUGGCUGCUGGUCCGCAAACACCCAGAAGUUAUUGAAAAAGGACGCAAACUGGAGCUCGCUGACCUAAAAGCAGAUGGGGUCGUGAUGUUUCAGAGGAGGCAUUACAAGUUAUCUGUGGUGGUGAUGUGCUUUCUCAUCCCCACGUUUGUACCCUGGUUCUUUUGGGAAGAGAGUCUUUGGAUCAGUUACUUAGUUCCUUGUCUGCUGAGAUACACUGUGGUCCUUAAUGCGACCUGGCUGGUCAACAGUGCAGCUCACAUGUGGGGAAUGAGGCCCUAUGACCACAACAUCAAUCCCAGAGAGAACAAGUUUGUUGCCUUCAGUGCCAUCGGUGAAGGAUUUCACAACUAUCACCACACAUUCCCCCAUGAUUAUGCUACAAGUGAGUUUGGCAGUCGGCUGAACGUGACCAAAGCAUUUAUAGAUCUCAUGUGCUUCUUUGGACUGGCCAACGAUUGCAGGAGGGUAACUCGUGAGACCAUCAUGGCCCGUGUUAAACGCACCGGCGAUGGCAGCCACAAAAGUGGUUGAUUUGUUCAGUACAUAUCAGAAAAAAAACAAACAAAAAAAGUUAUAAGGCAACAUAUACAAAAGCAUUUGCAGCAUUUCUUAGUGUGCAAUGAAGAUUGAUCUAUAUACACUCUCAUUUGAAAUAAGAAACUCUAGAGUGUGUUGGACUAAUACGUGUUCUUAAGAAUUCUUUCCUUUUCAUGACGUGUACUGGACUGUGGGGGGUAUUUUUAGAGAUGGUAAAGGCCAUAGUUUGGGAGGAUAAUUAUGUCUCAGACUGCCUCAAGAGGCAAGAGAUGGUACUUCACUAGUAGUUAAACAGCCAUGUGCCUCAUUACAGCCCUCUCUCAUGAAUAGGUUGACCCGUGUUUUCUCUGGCUAAGCAGUUACUGUUCUGAUAUAAAAAUAGCAUUCCAGCCAGCUAUGCAUAUGCAAGUUGUAAAACUAAGAUGAUACGCUAUUAAUAUACUUGCAUUGUUUUACAUUUUCUUAGAUGAUAAAAGCUGACUUCCAUUUGAAACUGAAAUAACUUUAAUGACUAUCAAAAGAGUUAUUUAUAGGUCAGUAUACUGUAUGUAGCCAAAUAUAAGAUUGUCCACAGAAAUGUCCAUGGGAAAAUUGUUCUCGAUUGAGUUAAUAUAGCAGCGGUUAGUUUUGUUUAGAUUUGGUUUGUUAGUACUGAAAGUAUACAUGGAAAUACAUUUUAUGUAAUUAUAAAAUAUUUAAAUUUUUAUUUAGAAUUCUUAUUUAUUUUUAGAAAAUAUUCUACAUGCCAAUGCAAAUGUCCUUCGAUCAGUGGUGCUUAUAAUGAGGAAUUCCCUCUAAUAAAAUGAGCAAUUCAGUUUAAUUUCUUAAAGAUCAUUUUCCAUGUUGCAUAGCUCUUUAUCUGGUUUUCUUGGACUCCUGUAAAAAAGUACCUGGCCACCAGGUAUAUGGUGAACUCUUUUCUAAAUACAAGUGUACUGAAGUAUCAGAGGACUGUAAGUAUUACGAAAAAUGUUUAACCAAAAAAACAUUUUGAAAGAAAUGUGUCUGUUGGGGUAAAAGUAUUAAGGUGUACACUUACUCUAGCAGAUUUAUUAUAGGACAUUUAUUUGUCCUUAUGAUAUAAUCCAAGGAGAGGAAUAUUUAAAUGUCUUCAUCAGAAAGCAUCUUGCCCUUUGCCUUAUAGAAUAGGCCUGUAUAUCUUUCAGAUUUUGGGUUAGACUCAAAAUUGAAAAUACAAAGAUGAUGUGUAGCAUCAGAAAAAUUAUUAACUUAAUGAAGUUUUAAGUCAUUCUCGGCUCUUCUGUGAUGAAUGAAUGACCACCUGUAGCUCCCUACAUGUAUUUUUUUCCUCAUAAAUGUUUGAUAGGUUGAUCGUGGUAUGCAUUUUUCCAAAUGUAAAAUACAAGAUUCUCACUAAAUGCUUUAUAUAUUUAAAACACACACCCAUGUUUAAGAAAGAAACACAAAUUGACACUAUUUUACAGCUGAAUUAUUUCUACAGUGUUGACCUUUGAUGUCUGAGAGCCUUAAUGGGCACAUUUUCAAGGAAUGUUGUUUCAUGUACCAUAAACCAAAAUUUCUAUAAGUGGAAGAGUUUUGCGAGAUGUACCGUGAGUUUUGUUAUGAAUCAAUAUUAAUCUUUUCUUAAUUUAAUAAAGUGUGUGUAUGUCUGAAAAUGAA